AUGACCACCGAUCCAGCCGCCCUCUCCUGGCUCCGCCCCCCGUCUAGUGAUCCGGAGGACCCAGACUCGACCUCUCCGUACCAUCCCGCCAGUAACGCAACAUCCAUGACUCCCUCAGAAGUCCGCUUCUCACUCCGAGGCACCAUCCUGGGACCAACAACGUCCUUGGCCCUCCCCACCACGCUUGGUCUGCACCACCACGGCGACGACCCCCAGGCUGCCGGAUAUACUAUUCCCGAGCUGGCGAUCCUCUCGCGCUCAACAUUCGCGGCUCAGCGCUGCAUCGCCUGGCAGGUUCUCGGCCGAAUCUUGUUCCGACUUGGUAAGGGCGAGUUCGGAGAACGCGGAGGCCAAUUAUCCGAAGGAUUGUGGUUCGUCAUUGAGAAAGAAGGGGUCGUGGGUGGCAUGUUGGCCGAGGCCGAAGGCGUCAGUGGCCAGGAGAGGGUGCGUGGAGGCAAGAAAGAUGAGACGAGCAAGGAGGGAGACCAGGAAAGCUCAGAUGGUCGUCCAUCGUUGCCGGUUGCGUCAGGAAUCGGGCGCCAUGCUAGUGCUGCGGCUUGGGCAAUGGAAGGUGUUUGGCUGUGGCAGAAAGGUGGUGGAGGGGAUCGAGGACUGUUGAAACCGGGUCAGACGCGGCCGCGGUAG